AUGAGCUCCGAGACGUCGCAACACACGUCUGUCAAUGGCGUCGUGAUGCGGGACCAUCUACAGCAGCCGGUCGAGCGAGUGACUGACCAGUUGGAAAUCCCUUCGCUAGACGACCGCGCAUAUCGCGUUAUACGUCUCCCGAAUAAAUUAGAGGCGCUAUUGGUUCAUGAUCCCGAAACAGACAAGGCCAGUGCAGCUCUCGAUGUCAAUGUCGGUAACUUUAGCGAUGAAGAUGAUAUGCCAGGCAUGGCCCAUGCCGUGGAACAUCUUUUAUUCAUGGGCACUAAGAAGUAUCCGGUAGAGAACGCAUACAACGUAUACCUCUCUUCACAUUCAGGAAGCUCGAAUGCUUAUACCGGAGCUACUUCGACCAACUACUUUUUCGACAUUGCCGCCAAGCCAAGCAACGGCGAAGAACCCUCUGAGACAAAUUUGUCCCCUCUGUAUGGCGGUCUAGAUCGAUUUGCUCAGUUUUUCAUCGAGCCCCUAUUCCUAUCGUCAACACUAGAACGUGAGCUACGUGCCGUCGACUCUGAGAAUAAGAAGAAUCUGCAGAGCGAUCAAUGGCGUCUUAAUCAACUAGAAAAGUCUCUGUCUAACCCCAAGCAUCCUUACUGCCACUUCUCGACAGGAAGCUUCGAGGUACUCAAAACGCUACCCGAAUCUAAAGGCAUAGACGUACGACAAAAGUUCAUCGAUUUUCAUGCAAAGCAUUACUCAGCCAACCGGAUGAAGCUAUGUGUCUUGGGUCGAGAACCGCUUGAUGUCCUUGAAAAAUGGGUGGUCGAGCUGUUUUCUGAUGUGCCGAAUAAGAAUCUUCCUCAGAAUCGCUGGGAAACCGAAGUACCGUUUGCGAAGGAGCAUCUGUCGAUGCAAUGUUUUGCCAAGCCAGUCAUGGACUCGAGAGAACUGAAUCUGUAUUUCCCAUUCCUUGACGAGGAGCUCCUUUUCGAGACGCAACCGAGCCGAUACAUUAGCCACCUGAUUGGUCACGAGGGUCCCGGCAGCAUAAUGGCGUACCUGAAAUCCAGAGGAUGGGCGAACUCAUUGAGUGCUGGUGCAUACCAAAUAUGUCCGGGUACUCCCGGCAUUUUCGACUGCCAGAUACGGUUGACGAAGGAGGGCUUGAAACAUUACCAAGAGGUCGUCAAAGUCUUCUUCCAAUACGUAUCGCUUCUCAAGCAAACGCAGCCGCAGGAGUGGAUAUUCGAAGAGCAGAAGGGUAUGGCGGAUGUUGACUUCAAGUUUAAGCAAAAGACUCCAGCAAGCCGCUUUACGAGCAAGAUAUGCGCCAUCAUGCAAAGACCAUUGCCUCGAGAAUGGCUACUCAGCGGACAAAGUCGCCUACGGAAAUUCGACCCUGAGGCCAUUGUUAAAGGGGUACAACUCCUACGACCCGACAACUUCAGAAUGACCAUUGUGUCUCGAGAUUUCCCUGGAAAUUGGGACCAGAAAGAACAAUGGUACGGCACAGAAUAUAAGGCCGAGAAGAUCCCCGAGGAAUUCCUGGCCGAAAUUUCCAAGGCGCUGAACUCUGCGAAAGAGGAACGUCUUCCAGCUCUCCACCUUCCUCAUAAGAACCAAUUUAUUCCGACCAAGCUAGAAGUAGAAAAGAAAGAAGUUGAACGACCAGCUCUAGCACCGCGAGUAAUCCGAAACGACGAAAUAGUACGGACAUGGUAUAAGAAGGAUGAUACAUUCUGGGUCCCGAAGGCGAAUUUGAUUGUCAGUGUCAAGAACCCGAUUAUCUUCGCAUCGGCAGAAAAUUCGGUCAAGUCGAAGCUAUUUACAGACCUAGUAAGAGAUGCACUAGAGGAAUAUUCAUACGAUGCCGAGCUUGCUGGGUUGCAGUAUAACGUUAGUCUCGACUCUAGGGGUUUGUUCGUCGAGGUUUCCGGUUACAACGAUAAGUUGCCGGUAUUACUGGAACAGGUUCUCAUUACGAUGCGAGAUCUCGAGGUUAAGGACGAACGAUUUGAAAUCAUUAAAGAGAGAUUGACUCGUGGCUAUAAAAACUGUGAAUUGCAACAGCCAUUUACCCAAAUCGGCGACUAUGUGUCAUGGCUCACGUCCGAGCACGAUUUCGUCGUGGAGCAAUUAGUGAACGAAUUACCUGGAAUUACAGCCGAGGGUAUUAGGCAUUUUUACAAUCAAAUCAUGUCGCAACUACAUAUUGAGGCUUAUGUACAUGGAAAUGUAUACAAGGAGGAUGCUCUCAAGUUAACCGACAUGAUUGAAAAGAUACUGAAGCCUCGCGUCCUUGCAAAGGAAGAGUGGACUAUCAUUCGAUCAUUGAAUUUUCCUGCGGGAUCAAACUUCCUUUUCCAGAAAACAUUGAAGGACCCUGCCAACGUCAACCACUGCGUUGAGUACUACCUUCACAUAGGCGACAAGGGAGAUCGAUUAGUCCGCGCCAAGACACAACUUCUGGACCAAAUCAUCCACGAACCGGCUUUCGAUCAGCUCCGGACCAAGGAGCAGCUUGGUUAUGUGGUCUUCAGCGGCCUGCGAAGUUCUGCCACAACUUAUGGGUUCCGCUUCAUCAUACAGAGCGAACGUACCUCAGAAUACCUCGAAUCUCGUAUCGAUUCCUUCCUUACUACACAGACUACCUCGCUUGAGAAUAUGAGCGAUGCAGACUUCGAAAGCCACAAGAGAAGUGUGAUCAUUCGACGUCUGGAGAAAUUGAAGAAUUUGGACCAGGAGACCGGACGGCACUGGGCACAGAUAAAUAAUGAAUAUUAUGACUUUGAAGCAGCCCAGCGAGAUGCGGCCCAAGUAAAGCAACUUACAAAACCAGAGAUGGUAAAGUUCUACGCAACCUACAUCAAACCUACGUCACCGACAAGAGCAAAAUUGGUAGUACAGCUCAUCGCACAAGGUGUCGGAUCCAAGGCAAAAGAAGCCGAGGAAACCAGCAACGGAGACACAACGGCAGUUUGGUCAAACGGUACAGAACCAGUCUUGAUUCAGAACGUAAGGGAUUACAAGGCAAGACUGUCGGUGACGGCAGGGGCUCGCCCGAUUAGGGAUCUCGAGCUGCUCAAAAGGCAGCUCGCCGCCAAAACGUCUUCCUCAAAGAAAAGAAAGAUUUCUACCCGCCAAUCCGCCGCUAAAGACGAGAGCUUAGAUCGCAGCACUUCCCCGGACACGCCUAUCCAAUCCUGCGAACAAGAUACCGAUCUUAAUUAUUCAUUCUCCGCGUCCUCCGAUAACCUUGCCUGCCCCGGAACAGACUCUAUCCCUCCGGCUUCGAGUCUCCCCCCUCGAUUGCAGACCAACACGAGCUCACUCGGUUACGCCGACUACACAUCCUCCGCUGCCAGCUCUCCAUCGGGCGCCUACGCUGAUCUGACCAUAAAUAGUGACCGUGGUGCUGACACCCCAGCGCCCGAGCUGGGUCCUGGUGCUGCCGGCUUAUACCCUCCUGGCAGAGCCAACUCGCCUUUCACCAAAACUACUCAUCACCGUGCUGUUAUGGGCGGCGCGGCCGACUUCCCCGACAGAGCAUCGUCCCCUCUAAAACGCCGUGCUUCUAGUAUGGACCCCGAUACCGUAGAACAAGACGCAACCGAAGACGUAGAUAUGAUCACAGCACCAGCCUCGGACACAUCCCCAGAUCCUUCUGGUGGGGCUACAGGAGCUGAUAACUCCGCGACUAGUGUGGAUUCUACAACAGAAAGCCAAGAUAAUAUGCAGACAGAGAAGUCGGAAGAGAAGACAGAAGAACCAAUACAGAUGAUGGACGUGUCGCCAGUGCACCAGCCACCAGCCUCGAUAGAAGCCCACGUGAAAGCCAUCGAAGCACUUGUGGAAGAACAGAGCGCCCAAUCACUUAAAGAGGGUCAAGAGUGUUUCUUAGUCUCAAAAACCUGGCUGGCUAAAGUACCAUACAAGUCGUCAUCGAAGCACGCCUCCGAGGAAUUGACCUUAAUACCACCUGUUGAUAAUUCGGACAUAAUUGAAGAGGUCAUAACUGACCCAUGCGUUGGUGAGACGGUUGAUAUUCUGAAGAGGAAGUUUGUACGGUUGAAGCAGGGUUAUGAUUCAGAACAAUUCACGGCUUUCCCUCGAUCUGCCUGGGAUCUACUUAUGCAAUGGCCCGGAUUAAAGGAGGAUCAGUUGCCUAUUCAGCGCUUCGCCCAUGCCACAAAGGAUGAUGGUACGAACGUCAUGUGGGAAUGGCACCCACCUGUGCUCACUAUAUACCGACUCUGGUCUGCAAUUAGCGAGUUGCCCGUUGAUGCAGCCUUGAAGGCCAAUAAUCCACCGCCGCCGAGGCUCGUCCGCAGUCGUUCGACGAAGUUCCAGACUUUUCUGAAGCAAGCAAAGAGGGUAACACAAAUAGAUCUGCCGCAGAGGGUUCGAGCUUGGAGUGUGCUAAGCCCACCAAUUUCCGAGAAUAAUACAGAGCCUCAGCCCUGGAAACACCUUUUAUUGGAUGUGGAAUCAUUUUUGGCUCUUGAGAGAGGUGGAGAAAGAGAUCUCGUUGAUUUUAGCGACCAGACAACCCAUCAAAACGCGAAGACAGUCAAGACACUCAGUUUUUUUAGCAUCUCGCAAGACCAGGCAAUUGUUCUAGAUCCACAUGAGAGUGGUAACAAUUGGACAUCAACUUUAACGACUACUCAAUCCCGUACCGCAUUGCCUUCCAGAGGCAGCGCCGCCAACCUUGUUACUCAAAAGAACAACACCACUAAAAGCGGUCGGACUAGUCCAGUAUAUUCUAAGCCAUUAACACGUGGUCGAGCCAAGGGAUCCGACCGAGUCGCCGGUUGUGUUGGAUUAGCUAAUCUAGGUAAUACUUGUUAUAUGAACGCCGCCAUUCAAUGCGUAAGAAGCGUCGAGGAGUUAACAAAAUACUUCCUUGUGGGAGAAUGGAAGAGGGAACUCAACAGAGAAAACGUUCUCUCCCACAAUGGUGACGUGGCCGCGGCCUAUGCCCAUUUAUUGGAAGAUAUUUACAAGGAUUCAGCACCACUUUCCGUGAGCCCCAGGCAAUUUAAGACAACAAUUGGGCGAUAUUCGGCUGGGUUCUCUGGUUAUGGCCAACAAGAUACCCAAGAGUUUCUUGGCUUCUUAUUAGACGGUCUGCAGGAAGAUCUUAGCAGGAUCAAAAAGAAGCCAUAUAUCGAAAAGCCAGAUUCUACCGAUGAGAUGGUCAACGAUCCCAAUGCCAUUCGCGCAAUGGCAGAAAAAGUCUGGGAUAUAACUAAAAAGCGUGACGAUUCCGUCAUUGCCGACCUUUUCACCGGUCUGUACAAGUCGACACUCGUUUGUCCAGAAUGCGGGAAAGUCAGCAUUACGUUCGACCCAUUUAACAAUUUGACCCUGCCUCUACCUGUGGAAAACAAAUGGACUUUCACCAUUAUAUUUUGUCCACUGAAUGACCGGCCGAUUAAUAUCAGAGUUGAGCUAGACAAACAUGCCAGCAUCAAAGCUCUCAAGGAGUUUUUGUCUGCUAAGACAGGCGUACCAGCCGAGCGCUUGUUCGGCGCAGAAGAAUGGAGCGGAAAAUUCUACAAGUUCUACUCUGAUCUUGCCUCUGUUUCCGAGGAAAUUGCCGACAGGGAUCAUGUUUGGUUCUUUGAGUUGGAAGCCAAACCCACCAACUACGGUGGCAAGGCACCAAAACCACAAAAAUAUGGUGUAACAGUUAGGUCAUUAGUUGACGAAGAGGAACACAACUCUUCAGCAUCGUGGGAUGAUGAACAAGCCAGGAAGUUACUUGUUCCGGUCUUUCACCGGGUUGUGUUACCUAAGAAGACAGCUUACCACUCGAUCAAAUUCGAGAGGGCAUGCGUUCCGCACUUCAUUAUUGUCUCACCCGAAGAGGCUCGAAGUGAAGACGCCAUUCGCCGCAAGAUAUUAGAAAAAGUAGCGACGUUCACGACACGCGAUAUUUUCUCACGUGAGGAGUCCGAUGGGUCUGACAGCACGGAACCCGAAAUGAUAGGGUUAGGCGGUUCGGACGCUGGAUCAUCUAACGAAGGCCGAGUCGUUGCCCAGUCUGUUAAAGGCGAGGAUGACAUGGUCGAUGUGCAGAUGAACGACGCUAGUGACGACAAAGGUCCUAACGGAAGCAAAUCCUCCUCUAGACAACCAUACUACAACAAAAGACCCUCGUGGGUGGACACCAACAAAUUCUUACCCCCCCAAAUACAGAACUUGUUUGACUUGUCCUAUACUUCGGAACCGGGCGCCUGGCUACCAACCGGUAUGAACGCUGGUAGCGAGGACAGGCAGUACCCAAGACUCUCGACUAGAGCUCCAAUCGACUCUCCGUCGUCAGAAGAUCUCGACAAUGCGACAAACGGCACAGCCUCAAACGAGGAGUCUAGCUCAGAUGAGUCGCCUCAGCGAAGUUCAGAACAAGCUCUUACGCGGAUGAAUGAGGAAAGUGACGAAGAAAACAUAAAUCCAGUUACUAAGUCCACAAUGCAAAACCAAAGACAGGGUAAACCAGCCAAGUAUAAGGGUAAGAACGGACGCGGCCAGAAGCACUCUAAACAACCUAAAUCCUACGGGAAGGGUAGCAAGAAGAAACUCCGCCAACAACAACGUCAGAAUAAAGAGAGAGAACAAAACCUGGACGCCCAGUACGCUUUCAACACUAACGACACCGGCCCCGAUGGAGGUCCCUUAAUCCGACUUAAAGAGGCUCUCGUUGUUGACUGGUCUGAGGAUGCCUACUUCCGCGUUUUCGGUGAAUCCAAUGGCAAAGAUCCAAACGGUGUACCUGUUACUCUAUUUUCGACAUGGGGACAAGACUAUUGUGAGACCCUACCUGACCCCGAACUGGAGAAGGCCCAGGCGGCGCGAACUAAGAGGCGCAAACACGGCACAUCCCUCGAGGCAUGUCUUGACGAAUUCGAAAGAGAGGAAGUUUUAUCUGAACAGGAUAUGUGGUAUUGUCCCCGCUGCAAGGAACAUCGACGCGCUACCAAGAAGUUCGACCUAUGGAAAACGCCAGAUAUCUUAAUUAUCCACCUAAAGCGAUUUAGCUCCAGUGGCUUUAGGAGAGAUAAAUUGGAGGUUUUAGUGGACUAUCCCCUCGAAAACUUAGAUAUCACUUCCCGGGUGCUUCAAAAGGAAGAUGGUAAGCUGGAAGUCUACGAUCUUAUCGGAGUUGACCUCCACUGGGGUGGCUUAGGCGGUGGUCAUUACACCGCCCAUGCGAAGAACUUCGUAGACGGCCAAUGGUACACAUAUAACGAUUCCUCGGUGCACCAUGUCGCUCCUAACAGGAUCGUUGAAUCAGCUGCGUACUUGUUAUUCUACCGCAGACGAUCCGAUAAGCCCCUUGGCGGUCCUCGGUUCCAGCGGAUAUUGGACAGUUUUUCUGAGUCCGAGUCUGACGACGAAUUGCCACAAUCGGGGGAAGGUCAGCGUCUCGGCGAAGGCUCCUCCCGGAUUGGGUCGUCGAGCGCACCACAAGGAGUAAAAGCUACUCGCCUGCCAGGAAAGGCUGGUGGUAAUUCAACCAUGGAUUUAGUCCUUGCCAACCCAACUAACGACUGGAAGGGAGCCAAUAACAUCAAUGGUGUCACCGGGAAUUCUACUCGAGGUAUCCACCAGAGCAUUGAAGAAGACGAAGGUAUCGACCUAACCGAAGACCAAGUGCGAUCAGACGGCUUCCAACCACUUACAAACAGCAAUUCUUGGAGCUUUAACAAACUGGUCAGCGAAGCCGGUACUGAUACCGAGAAUGUCCCCGAGGAGAGUCCUUUUGAUUCCGGCGCUGCUUCGGACGAGGCCCAGCAUGAUUCAUCUGGCGACGAACGAUUGCAUAGUCCGCGCAUUCUCGACUUUGACUCAAGCCCCGAGCCCAAGUAUCCAGGCAUGUCUUCUUAUGAAUUACCACCCCAAGCCGGGACAAACCAGAAUUCUUUCAACGAGCCAUCAUAUUCUGAGUAUCGUAACGGAAUAACGGAAGAUGAUAGUAACCAGAUCUGGGAUCAGAAUCAGAAAAUUCACGCAAUUCCACCUGACGGGGAAAUUGACGCGCCAUCUGAAGAUGCGGCGGAAAUCCACCUAGAUGAUGAUGAUAAGAUCAAACUAGGAUAG